AUGAAACAGUUGGGAAUGGGAAGUGCUGUGGAGACACUAUGUGGGCAAGCAUUUGGUGCACACAAAUACGGAAUGCUAGGGUUAUAUCUACAAAGAUCAACCCUUCUCCUCUCUCUCACUGGGAUCCUACUCACAAUCAUUUACAUCUUUUGCAAACCCAUUUUGGUUUUCCUUGGGGAAUCACAGGAAAUCGCAUCAGCAGCAGCAGUUUUUGUGUACGGCCUUAUUCCACAAAUUUUUGCAUAUGCGGUAAACUUUCCAAUACAAAAGUUUUUGCAAGCUCAAAGCAUAAUGGCCCCUAGUGCAUAUAUAUCAGCAAUCACUUUGGUAAUACAUAUUCUGUUAAGUUGGCUUGCUGUGUACAAAACUGGGCUAGGGUUGUUGGGUGCAUCUCUAGUGUUGAGUUUGUCAUGGUGGAUCAUUGUGCUGGCACAAUUUGUUUAUAUAAUUAACAGUGAGAAGUGCAAGCAUACAUGGGAUGGUUUUGCUGUGCAAGCCUUCUCUGGGUUGUGGGGAUUUUUUAAGUUAUCUGCUGCAUCUGCUGUGAUGCUGUGCUUGGAGACAUGGUACUUCCAAGUUCUUGUUCUCAUAUCUGGGUUGCUAGAGAACCCUGAGUUGGCUUUGGAUUCGCUCUCCAUUUGCAUGACAAUCUCUGGAUGGGUGUUUAUGAUCUCAGUUGGAUUCAAUGCAGCUGCAAGCGUGAGAGUGAGCAAUGAACUGGGAGGUGGAAAUCCAAAGUCAGCCGCGUUUUCAGUGGCAGUGGUGACAACAAUGUCUUUAAUUAUCUCAGUGAUGGCAGCAUUAACGGUGAUGGCAUUACGGGAUGUCAUCAGUUAUGCUUUCACCGACGGCGAAACUGUGGCUCAAGCAGUAUCUGAUCUCUGUCCACUUCUAGCCCUAACUCUUGUACUAAAUGGAGUUCAGCCUGUUUUAUCAGGUGUGGCUGUUGGAUGCGGUUGGCAAGGUUUUGUUGCCUAUGUUAACGUUGGUUGUUACUAUGUGGUCGGGAUCCCAUUGGGUUCACUCUUCGGUUUCUACUUCAACUUGGGUGCCAAGGGAAUAUGGUCAGGAAUGAUUGGUGGCGUAGUAUUGCGAACAGUUAUUUUGCUAUGGGUUACGUGUCGGACGGAUUGGAAUAAAGAGGUUCAGGAGGCUCUGAAAAGGCUGGAAACGUGGGAGGGAAAAAAAGAACCGCUUGUAGAAUGAGAAAUAUUCAAGGUUUAAUUAUAGCUGAUGAGAAGCCAUUUAAUUAAGCACAUGAAGUGUGCAAGAGGAAUACUAACCUCUUCUCUUAUUGGCACGUCAUUAAUAAUUACUAACUAGGCCACCUCUUGAGCAGCACAGAACCCUCCCGCGGGCGUUGAAAUAAUAUAAUAUUGCAAACCGAUCUUCUUUAUAGACACCGGUCCUUGUUUGUGAAGAUUAUUAUAAAACAUGCCUUUUCGUUUGCAUUCA